AUAAAUCAAGCCCCCAUCUCCCAGAAUCCCACCACCCAUACCAACCCAUCUCUCUCUCUCUCUCUCUCAAAAAUAUGGUUGCGAAAGGAGACUUCGUGGUGGCGGUGAGCAAGAAAGAGGUGGUGGCGACCGUGCUGCCAAUGCAGGAGCAUUGGCUACCAAUGUCCAACCUGGACUUGCUGCUGCCGCCGGUGGACGUGGGAGUUUUCUUUUGUUACAAAAAGACCCCAGAAGAGGACAACUUGUUCACAUUUGGGUCCAUGUGCGGUGUCUUGAAGAAGUCCUUGGCCCAGGUUCUGGUUUCCUACUACCCAUUUGCUGGGGAGAUAGUCCAGAACACUGUGGGUGAGCCUGAGAUUCUCUGUAAUAACAGAGGAGUUGAUUUCAUUGAGGCCUUUGCUGAAGUGGACCUCUGUGAUCUUGACUUUUAUAAUCCUGAUGAGAGUGUUGAAGGUAAGUUGGUGCCUAAGAAGAAGCAAGGGGUGCUUUGUGUUCAGGCUACAAAACUCAAAUGUGGCGGACUUGUGGUGGCAUGCACGUUCGAUCACCGGGUGGCUGACGCUUACUCCACCAACAUGUUCCUUAUCUCAUGGGCUGAGACGGCCCGCUCCAUGACACUUUCACUCCGACCAUCAUUUCGCCGAUCACUCCUUUGCCCCCGUCGCCCAGGAUUACACUCGUCCUCCCUAAACAACCUAUACAUCCCUAUCUCCGCCUUACCCCCGCCACCAGAACCCCAACCCGCCGACCACCUCAUAAGUCGCAUCUACUACAUCUCCGCCGACCAACUCAUCCGCCUCCAGUUACUCGCUAGUGCCAAUGGAGCCCACAAGACAAAGCUCGAGACAUUUUGUGCGUUUUUAUGGAAACUAGUUGCCGCUGGAGUAACAGGAAAAGGGCAAUUUUGUAAACUUGGAAUUGUGGUGGAUGGACGGAUGAGAUUGAGCGAAGGAGAGAUGGAAAAGUCGAAACUAUUUACUUCCUACUUCGGAAACGUCUUGUCGAUUCCAUACGGAGAAAAGCCCGUUCGAGUAUUAACCAACCAGUCGCUGAGUUCAGUUGCUGAUUCGGUUCAUGAGUUUCUAGAAACUGCUGUUACCAAGGACCACUUCUUAGAUUUAAUUGAUUGGGUGGAGGCCCAAAGGCCCGAGCCAAUUGUGGCUCGAAUUUAUGCAGGCGGGGAAGAUGGGCCCAAUGGGCCGGCUUUGGUGGUAUCGUCGGGCCAGCGGUUUCCGGUCUCAAAAGUUGAGUUCGGGUGGGGAAAGCCGGUGUUCGGGUCGUACCAUUUCCCGUGGGGCGGGGAAGCGGGUUAUGUGAUGCCCAUGCCGAGUCCGAUUGGGAAUGGGGAUUGGGUUGUGUAUAUGCAUAUGAUGAAAGGGCAGGUGGAGUUGAUAGAGAGAGAAGGGGGUGAUGUGUUAAGGCCCUUGACUUUUGAUUAUCUUAACAGUAAUUAAGUCAAAUUAAGAGGGGGAAGAAUGUAAGAUAAAAUGGAAGUUCUUAUUAGUAAUGGGGAUUGGGUUGUGUAUAUGCAUAUGAUGAAAGGGCAGGUGGAGUUGAUAGAGAGAGAAGGGGGUGAUGUGUUAAGGCCCUUGACUUUUGAUUAUCUUAACGGUAAUUAAGUCAAAUUAAGAGGUGGAAGAAUGUAAGAUAAAAUGGAAGUUCUUAUUAGUGAUGUAUUUUAGGACGAAUUAAGAAUCUAUUAUGUACCCCUCUUUAAAAUUACAUGAAAAAAUAUUUGGUUUUUAUGUAAAUUUGCGAAUGAUCAUAAUGUAAAGUUACCUUCUACGGUUAAUGGACACUUUAUUUAGUGA